UGAAAACACUAUAUAGAUGGACACAAUGCUUCGACUCGUUUUCUUACUAAAUUGGUCAUUACAAAUACAUCUCUUUCUUUGUAAGUUGUAACCAUGAAUUCAAGUUUGCUUUUGGUUACUCAAUCGGGUAGCGUUGAUGAAUUAUAUUCUCUUCUUCAAAAAGAUCCAUGUGUUCUUGAGAACGUCGACGUUUUACCUUUCGUCCAGACACCUCUACAUGAAGCUUCAUCUACCGGGAAGAUGAAUUUGGCGAUGGAACUGAUGAUUCUAAAGCCAUCUUUUGCCAAGAAACUAAACGAGUAUGGGUUUAGUCCGUUGCAUCUUGCUGUUGAGAACCACCAAGUUGAGUUAGCACGAGAGCUUGUGAAGAUUGAUCCUAGUCUUGUUCGUAUUCCUGGAAGAGGAGGUAUGACAGCAUUACAUCUUGUGGCAAAGAAAGGUGGCGUCGAUCUUCUUACAGAGUUUCUUCAAGCAUGUCCUCAGGGCAUUAGAGAUGCGAAUGUGAAUGGAGAAACUGCUUUACACAUCGCAGUCUUGAACAAAAAAUAUGAAGAGCUCAAAGUCCUCACAGGGUGGCUACAGAGAAGGCGCAAAAGUGAUGCUGCAUCCACUGAGGUUUACGUCCUGGACAGACGUGACCGUGAAGGCGACACGGCAUUGCAUGUAGCGGCGUACCAGAAUGAUGACAAGGCAGUAAAACAGCUGUUGAAAUGCAUGUCUCUGAACCGAAACAUCAAGAACAAUAUUGGUUUGACAGCCCUUGAUGUCUCCCGAGCCAAUGGCUCUGACACGAACAGAUCUACGGCGAAAAUCAUACAAAAAUCAGGGGGUAAAACUGGGAAAUCUUUAUCCAAAGUUAAGUUACUGUCGGUGGUCUUGAGAACACCGGUCACUUUCAAGGAAUAUUGCUCAACGGGCUUGGCACGUUAUAGGAGCCAAACGCCAGAUGGAAGACGGAACGCUCUUCUAGUAAUAACAGCUCUCAUCAUCACAGCUACUUAUCAGACAGCAACCCAACCGGCGGACAAAGAGAGAAAAGCAUAUUGGGACAGUAUCAGUUCAGAUCCUAAUGAGACAGCAGCCCCACCGCCAGUCAAAGGUCCAGAACUAAUAGAUCCGUUAGAUAUCUUAAAAGAGCUUGUGCUACUAUAUGGAUUCAAUACGACAGCCUUUUUCUUGUCUAUUGUGUUGACAUAUAUACUCUUACCAGUUGGUAGAGCAUAUACUAGGUGGUAUAUCUUCAUUAUGGUGCCUCUCGUAUUUUCUUAUGGACUUUCGGUGUCCAUGAAGUAUUCUCUCACAAUAUUCUUCUACAUGUAUCUGAUGGUUGCAUUGGGAUUUAGCAUUUAUGUGCUUAUCAUCUACGUGAGGUGGAAGCUUACUAGACAGAACAAAGUCCCAAAUCCUAUGAGUGAGCUGAAAUCCGAAAGCUUGAAGAUCACUGUUUAGCCGCUUCAACCGUUUCUACUUUGUUCCCUUGUAUUUUCCAUAGCUUUGUACUUUGUUUCCCUGUAAAACUUGUAUGUUCCAUAGCUUUUUGCGUGCACUCCUUUUGUAAAAUACUAUAAUACGAUCUUAAAGAUUGUAUCGUUUGAAUAAAAAAUCCAUGUGUAAGGAAGAAUAAGAAGUGUUUAUUUGGUAGAUA